CAAAGGACGACAAAAAUAUUCAUCAACGCUUUUCCUGCAUUUGGCCGAGAUUCAGGUCGAGUGCGGUUGUGCUAGAAAAGAAACAAAAGAGAAGUACGGUCUUCGGGACCAUCAAUCAUUAUAUAGACUCCCAUCCCAAAGCCAAGCGUAAAGUCGAUCAGAGGGUGAAUCCCAAUCAAACUGGGUAACUGCAUUGAUACCAUAGCUGUUGUGCAGCACAAAUUAAUCGUGCGAGCCAAGGGUGGAAAGAUGCCACCAAUAUUGUACUAUCUGCCCCCAAGUCCACCAUGUCGAGCAAUUAUGAUGCUGGCCAAGAUGCUGGACAUGGAAUUCGAUAUGCGAGUUGUGAACAUCAUGGAGGGGGAGCAACUGAAACCAGAGUUUGUGGAAUUGAAUCCUCAGCAUUGUUUGCCAACGGUUGAUGACGAUGGAUUGGUGCUCUGGGAGAGUCGAGCGAUACUUUCGUAUCUGGUUUCAGCAUAUGCCAAGGAUGAUAAGUUGUAUCCGAAGGAUAUUCGCGUAAGGGCAUUGGUCGAUCAACGGUUGCAGUUCGAUUUGGGAACAUUGUAUGCCCGAAUGGGCGAUUAUUUUUUUGCCACAAUGUUUAUGGGUGCCCCAUUGGAUGAAACCAAAAAAGCCAAAUUACUAGAAGCUUUGCGCUGGUUCGAGGCAAUGUUUAAGAACAAGCAAGAAUUCUCAGCUGCUGACCACUUUACCAUUGCUGAUUUAUCAUUGACAAUAACUGUGUCACAAAUGGAGGCAUUCGGUCUUGAUUUGGGUCCAUAUCCAAAGAUAAGAGGUUGGUUGAAGAAAUGCAAAGAAGAACUGGAACCUUAUGGUUAUGAGGAAAUUAAUCAGUCUGGAGCUGAUGCUUUGAAGGAAAUGCUUCAUUCAAAAAUGCAAAAAUAAAUAACACAUAUAAAAAAUAUUUAUUAAUUGUUAAUUAUCAAUUUCAAUUCUAUGAAAUAAAAUUUAAUUUAUUUUA